AUGUCUACUCCACACAAUCCUCAAGAUGGUAACGAAUCCAAUGCAACUUUUAUUGAGAUUAUUUCUCAUACGCCCUCUUCGCCUCCAAAUAACAUGUCAUUUGUUAACGAUCAAUCUUUACUAUGUAUUCAAAACACUCAAUCUCUUUCUCAAGAACUUGAAUGGUCAUUCUAUUACAGGCCAAACAACGAUGUUCAAAUUUAUCUUAUUACUUAUAAAGAAAUAACCUUUAAUGAGCUCAUUUCUCAAUUAUUAACUAAUAACUUAUAUUCAUCUAAUAAUCGUCUUUGCUCAAGCAAUCUUUUUACAUUUUAUUUUCAACAUCCUAAUGAUCAAAAAAUUUAUAAAGUUGUUUGUGAAAUGAUUUCAAAUAUAAUUCAAUAUUUAAACUUUAACAUCCUUGGUUUAAGACAAAACGAGCAGUGGCAACAACAACUCUUAGAGUUUUCUAAUAGACACAAAGAAAAUCUCGAAUUUCACUUGAGACAAUUCCUUACCGAUAAUUUGGUUUCCAACAGUUUUGGUGGUGGUUCUAAUUCGACUGUUCAAAAUGGGGAUCAUCAACAAGGAGGUUCAUUUAAUUCCGG